CCUGCGGAAACUUCCUCAUUUCUUAUCUCCCUACCGCAAUCCCCAUCGACCCCAUUUUCGAUAAGCACAACGACAUGGAGAACCCCGAAUAUAUACAGCGUCCAGUGGGCCAUCCUAUGGGAAUGGCACACAAAUCUCUGCCGUAUCCUAUUCCCGUCGAGCACCUUCUACAUAGACAUGCCUUCGAUCACGUCUGACCAGCUCUCGCGAGGCACCUCAUUCUCCCAAUACACUCUAUCAAGUUAUCAAGAUGACCAGAAUGCGGAAGACAAUGCUGAUGAUCACACACCGCGACCCUCAAAGCGUGCUCGAGUCGCACUAGCAUGCCAGAGGUGCAAGAAGAGGAAACAGAAAUGUGAUGGGCAGACCCCAUCUUGUUCCAACUGCUCGAGCUUCAACGCUGUAUGCCAGUACAUCAAACCGCCCCUAGCGACGUCUCGAAGCCGUGACCCAUACCUCAAGGCUGCUGAAGCGAGAAUGGCAGAGUUGGAGCGUAUAUUAUCGAGAGAAGGGAUCGCAGAUGAGGGACAGAACCGAUGGAGGGAACUUCAAGUUGGGCUGCAAUCAGAUGCGUCUGAUCACAAUGAGAUGGAAGUCCGUGAUCGAGCACAACGUCCCUCAAAGCGGCCGUGUCGGGAAGCUCAAGGCAACAUGGAAAUGGAGCUCAGCAACGACGUGCAAAAGAAGGAGGUCAACACCGUUGUGGACAUCCUGAGAGACCUCUCGUUGGAGGCUAGUGGAGGCUAUAUUGGAGCUUCGUCAAGCAUAACAAUGAGUCGUAUGGUCGGAUCGCUUGUGAAGGCGCGGGUUGAACCGAAUCUCCUGACGAACGGUAUUGCUGAUGGCGAACAUCUCAGCCCAAAAUCCGCCUCUGACGUUUUGGAAGAAGGUUCUUCAGAGCUGGCCAGAAUGCCACAAGAAAUUGCCGACAAGCUUUUAAGAGGAUAUUUGAAACACAUCUCUACACGGUGGCCGAUCUUACACUCGACAUACAUUCGUGAGCUUCACUCGAGGAGGGCAACCUUGGUCAAUUGCUACGAGACCACUGUUUUACAUCUAGUGUAUGCUUGUGGAGCACGUUUCCUAGAGACUACAGGAGAGACAGGUGCUUUCUUUCCAGAUCGCCACCAUUCAGCAGGCAUGCAGAAUUUGGAUGCGAUACUCCAGUAUCAUGACAUUCGGUCUGUCCAAAUGUUGAUCUUGCUUGCAAUAUAUAGCUUAAGAGACCCACGUGGUCCUGGUGCUUGGACAUACAUUGGACUUGCCAUGAGAACGUGCAUCGAUCUGGGUCUUCAUCGUCGGACCCCAGCAAAGAGAUACCCGCUCCUCAACGUGGAAAUGCGAAAGCGUAUCUUCUGGACCUGUUAUUGUCUCGAUCGCCAAAUUUCGAUCAUCUUAGGCAGACCAUUUGCCAUCUCGGACAGGGACAUUGAUGUCGAGCUCCCACUUGAGGUAGAUGAGUCUGUCCAAGAUGUUUCCGUCUUCGAAGCAGCCCUUCUGGCAGCUAAAUCUUCGCCGGAAGAUCAAGCACCAGCUGUUUCUACAUCUUUGAGUUGUUUCAUACAUGUAUGCAGAUUGAGGCGAAUCGAGUCAGAAAUUCAGCAGACCAUCUAUCGGGUCGAUAACUCGUCACCAACUUCGGAAGAUGUAGUUGAGAGCUUUAUUCAGAAACUAGAAGACUGGAGAGAGCAUAUUCCUCGUGACGCCAGACAACUCGUAGGUGACAAGCCGACGACGAAGACAGACACUUUGGUGAUUGAUGGAUAUGGGUACUAUAUGGUGUAUUAUUACAAAUGCAUCAGGUUUCUACUUCAUCCACUGUUAUCGGCGCCAGACACCAACGUCCACUUCCUGAAGAAAUGCGCCGAAGCAUGCGGUGAUGUCUGUCAGACAUACAAGAAGCUCCAUCAAAGCAUACCUGUAGGCUUCUCACUCAUGGCCUUGCACUCAGUCUUUCUCGCAGGCCUAACUCUUGUGUACUGCACCUGGAUUUCGCCACAAGAGGUGUUCAGCAUCAAAACAUCGAGUGACAUGAAUGCCUGCAGUAUCGUCUUAUAUAUCAUUACUGAACGCUGGCCUGGCGCGAAGAAGUACAGAGACACAUAGGAAGCUAUCAAGCAAUCCCUUCUCGAGUCCGUCGAAGAAAGCCACUAUGAACUACGUCGUACCAUCAAAAGCCUGUACCCGAGUCUCAUACCGCCGAUGGCUAGGAACGAAGAAGGUAGCACCGAAGUCACUCAGAUCGUCGCAGACAUGGCUGGUGAGACCGUGCCGUUCAACAGUGCCUACUUCACA